UCAGGUGAAAUGCCGAACAUCUGUCAAACCUUCAGGUAUCAGUACGUCUGCUGCAGUUCUGCCAAGCGCGUAACAGAACUUCUGCAUCUCACUCCUUUUUUAAUUGGUGGACUUCAGCCUAUAGACGAAAUGGCCAAUGGCGGCAUACAGCUACUCGGAUUUUCCUUAGCUUUUUUUGGAGUCAUAGGUUUAAUAGUCUCCACGACCAUGACUGAAUGGAAAAUGUCGUCCUAUGCAGGUGAUAACAUUAUCACGGCUCAGGCGCUGUACGUAGGGCUGUGGCAGUCGUGUGUGCAUCAAAGCACCGGUCAGUUACAAUGUAAAAUCGAAGACUCGUUGUUAAAACUACCAGUGGAAAUCCAGGCUGCACGUGGUUUCAUGUUGGCUGGGAUUUUUCUGGGUGCCAUUGCCAUCCUGGUGGCAAUGGUGGGCAUGAAGUGUACCAAAUGUCUGUCUGAGGACAUGCAGACCAAGAGCAAAGUGGCUCUUACUGGAGGGGUUAUCUUUAUCAUCGCAGGUAUUUCAGCCUUUGUUGCCACUAUCUGGUAUGGUGAAAAUGUCAGACAGCAGUUCUAUGAUCCGAUGACUCCGACUAAUGCAAAGUAUGAGUUUGGCAAAGCGCUGUAUAUCGGCUGGGGUGCCGCUGCACUAAGCAUCAUCGGAGGCAGUAUGCUCAGCUGUACCUGCGGAAGCAAGAGUUCUACGGAAAAGGCGCCUCGAUACCCAGCCUCCCGCCCUGGUCCGGCCAAGCAGGCGGGCUCCGGAUACGUGUAACAGCACCCGGUCCAGCUCAGGCCAGUUGGCUGUCCUCAGGAGCGAUGCUGCAAUCCACACGUGCUAAACUCGGUCUGGUUCCACAACAAGAAACGUAGCCUUUAGAUCACUCUGAUGCCCUUCAUUUGAUUAACUUGAUUAACAGAUGCUCUUUCCCUAUUUUUAAUAAACAAACAAACAUGUUGCCAUGUAAACAUACAUAUUGUCAUGUAUUUUGCUUUAUUUGUGAGGUUCUAUUACUUAUUUUACUCCUUAUUGUUUCCUUGCUGA